CAGCAUCCACACCAGUCAUUUUACCCUUAUCCCCCCAUCCUCAAAGGUGCUGUGUGUGAUAGCUUGUGAAUGUGCAAAUAUUGCUGAUAAUUCAGGGGCUUCAAGAUGGCGAUACAACAAAGGACGGCUUUUUUCUUCCUCUUUUUUAGCGUCAGUUACAUUCCAUCUCUGGCUGUGAUCCUGCGCACUACGGACAAGACUGUCUGGGCUAAUGAAUUUGAGACUAUUGAACUGACCUGUUUGAUAGAGUCCAUAUCAACAAACAAUCCCAGAAUUGAAUGGAAGAAAAUAAAAAAAGGAGUCGUCAGUUAUGUAUACUUUCAGAAUCGGAUUUCAGGAGACUUGGAGCACAGAGCACAGCUCAGAGAGCCAGCCAACCUCCUGAUCCUCAACACAAGCCGGUCUGACACUGCAGAGUAUCGCUGUGAGGUCGCUGCCAUCGACGACCAAAGGGACUUUGAUGAGAUCCUCAUCAGUCUUGCAGUCAGAGUAAAGCCAGUGGUGCCAAGAUGCAGUGUGCCCGUGGCAGUGACAGUAGGCACGUCCUCUGAGCUACGCUGCCUAGAGAAUGAGGGCUUUCCUGCCCCACAGUACAGCUGGUUCCACAACAACGAGGAACUUCCUCUUGAUCCUAAGAACAGCAUCAAGUUCAUCAACUCUUCCUACUCUAUCAACUCUGACACAGGAGGCCUGAAAUUCCGGAGGGUUCGGAAAGAGGACGCUGGGGAGUACUAUUGCCAAGCGAAGAAUGACGCGGGAUCCUCCCAGUGCCCCCCACAGAAGAUGGAAGUCUAUGAUGUUGACAUUUUGGGGAUAUUCCUGAAGUCGUUUGGAGCAGUAGUGGCCAUGAUAUGUGUGACAGUUGGAGUUUGUCAUGCCCAUAAACAUGGCUGCUUCUCCAGCAAGGAUCAAGAAGGGAACAACUAUAAACUGCCAGCACAGGAUGAUGGUGUGGACUAUGGUGAUGCAGAUGAGGGUCACUUCAGACACAAAUCAUCAUUUGUAAUUUAAAAUCAGAACAAGAAGGCAGAGAAUGAGGACAGAAGAAGACACUGAAGACAGAGGCAAAUUCUUACGGACUAGCUUUGUGUAAGAAAUCUGAGCUGUAAGAUUGUGCAUUUUUCUCUUAUGUGCAUUAGCAUUUGCCCAACAAGCUAAAGUGCAUUAGCUUUUGCUCAACAAGCUUGCCAAAGUUAUCAUAAUAAUGUGAACCAUUAUUUUGCUAUUACUUUCUGAUAGACAUUUGCCAUUUAAUGUCAUUUGUAACUAUAUUUCAGCACAAGGUUUUAUUUCUUCAGUCAUCACUGUCAACAGUACCAUUUCAAAUCUGUGACACUUGAGCUUUGAUCAAUAUGCUCAUGUUCAACUAAUGCUGGAACAUUCCCUCACAACGUUUUUGAAAAAUAUCCCUUUUUUACGUCCUUCUAUUUCUACACCGUACACUGAACAUGUUUUGUUAGAAAUGUCUGUCAAAACCUCUAACUGCAGGUUUGCCUGGUUUAUGUUCCUAUGGUAAGGUUGUGUCAGUUUCUUUUGUAUAUAGUUAUUGUAUACAGACAACAUGUCGACAAAUAAGGCUUAUAAACUCACAGAGUUAAAAGGCACAAUUGUAUAGUCUUCAAUGUGCUAAAUAGAGACAAUUAAUCUCUUAUGACAAGAUAACUGCUGAAACAGGUUAUACAGUAUAUCCUAUAAAUGCUGCAACUCAAGAUAUACUACAGUAUACAUGUAAGUAUGAUUUCAGAGUGCCGUUUUUGUGUACAAGUGACCUUCUGUUCUUACAAAUCAUUUAAUAAAAAUAUAUUGGACAUAUUGUCCACAUUGACUUAGUAUUAUGUACAUAAUUGUUUCUUUUUUUAAAUUAAUUUUCGCUAACACAGUACACAAUAUUGUACUCAUAACAACAAAACUACAGUGUGUAUACCUUAUAUCAGUAUUAUUACUGUAUGCAUAAUAAGGAUUAACAAUCCAUUUAAAAAAUGUAAAUAGUUUUAUUCAUCAAUGUUUUUUUUUUCCACUGGUCUAAUUUCUAACAUGUAACUACUCAGGAAUUGUUAAAUAUGUUCAUCAUUCAUUGGUUGUUGUGUAAGAACUAAAUACUGUUAAUGUUUCAUUUUCAUUUAGAAAAUAAAGAUACAAGUAACUGAC